CCGCCAGAGCUACCUCAGCGACAAGCGCCACUCUUCCCCGCACCGGCUGCAGCCGCGCCGGGCCGGAGCCGACGCCGCAUUCGAAGAGGAGGGACUAAGCUCGCCUCUGCUCGAAGGCCUCCGUGCAGCUCGUCUCCGACCCCCUUCGGUGAAUUAUCAGUUGUCUUGUGUCGAAGAAUUCGAGCUAUUCCCAUUUGUAUUUGUGUUAUACUUGGCUCGCAUUGAAGGCUCCCUUGACAUUUUUGAGGGAAAAUGAGUGGUGCUCCAAAGAGGUUGCAUGAUGAGGGUAGCCACUCUACACCUGCGAAACGUCCUUUAGACGAAAGCAGCUUGUAUUCGAGCCCGUCUGGGAAAGUCAUUCAACCAGGCAGCAAUGAUUUCCAUGGCUCUUUUGAACAUGAUGGAAGAUUUUCCAAAGUACAACGUGUUGAGUCUCGUGAUGAUAACAGAUCAUCUCUGACACAUCGUCUGCCUGUUGGCUCCUCCAACUUUGUAGACCACUCAACCUCAUCUGACAGCAGAUUAGAAGCAAAGCAAAACAAAGAUGCACGAGACACCAAGGCUGAUGACCGGGAGGCAAAAGCUGAUGCUCGGGAUGUCCAUAGUGAUACCAGGAUUGAAUUUCAAGGCAACAAAGUUGAGACUGAUGUAAAGACUAGCAACAGAGCAGAUGCCAAUGAAUUAAGAGCUGACCGAAGGGUGCAUGCUGACUUCUUGGGCGAUGUCAAAUCAGAUAAGGAUAGCCACCCUACUGGAACUUCAAACUUAGCAUGGAAAGAUAAUAAAGACCAUAGGGGUAAAAGGUAUGCUGAACAGCCAGACGAUGCAGUUUGGCGCUUUCCCCGUCCUGGUUUGCAAGGCACAGAUGAAACUCUCAAGGCUCCAGCUCCUGUGGAAGAACGCAACUCCAAGGAUGCACAUGAAUCUACUGGUGAGAAUAAAAUAGAACCUAAAAGUGAAGAUAAGUUCAGAGACAAGGACAGGAGAAAGAAGGAUGAAAAACAUAGGGAUUUCAGUGCAAGAGACACUGAUAGAAAUGAUCGCAGAACUGGCACUCAGCUUGCAGGAGGUAGUGUUGAACGAAGAGAAAUUCAAAGGGACGAUCGGGAUGCUGAAAAGUGGGACAGGGAAAGAAAAGACCCCCAGAAGGACAAGGAAAGCAAUGAUCGUGAGAAAGAUUCUGCCAAGAAGGAUUCAUUUGUAGCAGUUGACAAGGAGGUUGCAACGCUGGAAAAAACUGCAUCUGAUGGACCUUUUAAACCUGCCGAACAUGAGAAUACAGCUGCUGAAAUGAAGACACUAAAAGAUGACACAUGGAAAUCUCAUGAUAGGGAUCCUAAGGACAAGAAAAGAGAGAAGGAUGUGGAUACAGGAGACAGGCAUGACCAAAGGAGUAAAUAUAAUGACAAGGAAUCUGACGAUGCUGGUCCUGAAGGAGAUACAGAGAAAGAUAAGGAUACUUUUGGAAGUAUUCAGCGCAGGAGGAUGGCACGUUCAAAGGGAGGUAGUCAAGCAUCUCAACGGGAACCUCGGCUUCGGUCCAAAAUGCGUGAUGGUGAAGGGUCUCAAGGUAAGUCUGAGGUAUAUGCUAUUGUCUAUAAAGCUGGUGAAUGCAUGCAAGAGCUUCUGAAAUCAUGGAAAGAGUUUGAAGCAACCCCAGAUGCUAGAAAUGCCGAGAAUCAACAAAAUGUUCCUACUCUUGAAAUUCGAAUACCUGCGGAGUUUGUUACUUCCACUAAUCGGCAAGUAAAAGGUGCUCAGCUUUGGGGAACAGAUGUUUAUACAAACGAUUCAGACCUUGUGGCAGUGCUAAUGCAUACUGGUUACUGCUCCCCUACAUCAUCACCUCCACCAUCUGCCAUCCAAGAACUACGUGCAACAGUUCGUGUUUUACCACCACAAGACAGCUAUACUUCAACUCUAAGGAACAAUGUGCGCUCACGUGCUUGGGGUGCUGGUAUUGGUUGUAGCUUUCGUAUAGAACGCUGCUGCAUCGUUAAGAAAGGUGGUGGUACCAUUGAUCUCGAGCCUCGCCUUAGCCAUACAUCAGCUGUGGAGCCUACACUUGCUCCAGUUGCAGUGGAGCGUUCAAUGACAACAAGAGCAGCAGCUUCUAAUGCAUUACGUCAACAAAGAUUUGUUCGGGAAGUCACAAUACAGUACAACCUCUGCAAUGAGCCAUGGUUAAAAUAUAGUAUAAGCAUUGUGGCGGACAAGGGAUUGAAGAAGUCACUAUAUACUUCUGCGAGACUGAAAAAGGGUGAAGUGAUAUACUUGGAAACACAUUUCAAUAGUUCUCACAGGUAUGAGCUGUGCUUCAGUGGAGAAAAAACCCGUUCUGGUGGGUCAAGCUCCGAUUUAGAGCCGGAGAAACACCAGAACAGUAGCCACCACCAUUCACAAAAUGGGGACAGGGCCACCGCAGAGCAUGAACUCCGGGACGUGUUCCGAUGGUCACGGUGUAAGAAAGCCAUGCCCGAGAUCGCAAUGCGAUCUAUUGGUAUUCCACUGCCAACUGAACAAGUUGAGGUGCUGCAGGAUAAUCUGGAAUGGGAGGAUGUGCAGUGGUCGCAGACCGGCGUCUGGGUCUCCGGGAAGGAGUAUCCGCUCGCCCGAGUGCAUUUCCUCUCCUCGAACUAGCGGGGCACAGCUCUGGACUCUUGUAGCAGCCAGGCAGCCCAUGAAGAAACUAUUUUAUCUGAGCAACGCAGGAGCUUCUUUCUUUGUUGCUGCUGCUGCUUCCGUGCCAUGCCAUGCCAUGCCAUCUGUGUAUAAAAGGAAAGAAAGGAAAGCUCAGCUGUUGUAGAAUGUUGUGCCUGUAGUUUUUACAUAUUAUUAACCGUUACACUAUAUAUGUCUGUAAUUCUUGGUUCUUGAUUAAGGCAACUUGAUUAUUACUCGCUGAUUGAUUAUCUGUAACUUAAAUUGUUUAUGUUAUUGAAUGUUUUCUUCAGUGUA